UCAUUCACCAUCGCCGUUACAUGUAGUUUGGUGUUACACAUAGCUAGAAGCAUCGUUUGAAAUCAUCUCUGUAAACUAAACUCAAAAAGUUGUUCUUCCCUCUUCUCUUCAAACUACUCUACUCUGCUCUGCUCAACUAGGGUUUUCUUCUUCUCCAUCAAUGGCUGCCGACGGUUCUGUAGCUCUCGCAGUAAAGCAACAGGUGCAGGAUUUCUUAAAUGCUGCUCUUACUGGGAACCUUGAUUUCUUCAAGAAAAUGGCGGAGAAAUUGGAUGAUGGGCAAGGGUUGUCGAAGACAGUGGCGGAUGUUAAGGAUGCUAAUGAUCGAACCGCCCUUCAUUUCGCGGCCAGAGAAGGGCAGACUGAAGUUUGCAAGUAUUUGUUGGAGGAAUUGAAACUUGAUGUUAAUGUGAAAGAUGCAGAUGGAGAGACUCCUCUAGUUCAUGCAGCCAGACAAGGGCACAUUGCUACUGUGAGUUAUCUUCUUGAUCAUGGUGCAGAUCCUGCAAUUGCUAGUGAUUUAGGGGCUACAGCUUUACACCAUGCCGCUGGAAUAGGAAAUAUUGAAUUGAUGAAAGUACUACUUUCCAAGGGUGCUCCUGUUGAUUCGCAAAGUGAUUCUGGCACUCCGUUGAUUUGGGCUGCUGGGCAUGAACAAAAAGAGGCUGUAGAGGUUCUGUUAGAGCACCAUGCUAAUCCAAAUUCUGAAACUGAUGAAGGUAUAACACCAUUGUUGUCAUCUGUGGCGGCUGGUUCGCUGGAAUGCUUAGAGCAAUUAAUUCAGGCAGGUGCAAAGGCCAAUAUCUCUGCAGGUGGAACGACACCAUUACAUAUUGCUUCUGAUCUUGGUAGUAUCGAUCUUAUCAAUUGCUUAUUGAAAGCUGGAGCUGAUCCAAAUGCUACAGACGAGGAUGGCCAGAAGCCAGUGCAGGUUGCUGCUACACGAGGGAAUAGAAAUGCAGUUGAGAUACUACUUCCCUUGACUACACCAGUUCAAUCUAUUCCUAACUGGACAAUUGAUGGAAUUAUCCAAUAUAUGCAGUCUGAAACUCAAAAACAAGAGGAGCUUGCCCGAAGUUUCAAAGAACUUAAUUCACAAAAGAAUACCAACUUAUCAAGGCAGGAUUUGCCCGAGGUGACACCUGAGGCAAAGCAGAAAGCUGCAGAAGCAAAAUCACGAGGUCAUGAAGCUUUCAAUAGGAAAGACUAUGCAUUGGCUACAGAUGCGUACACACAGGCUAUUGAUCUAGAUCCUUCUGAUGCCACAUUCUACUCGAAUAGAAGUCUCUGUUGGUUUCUCCAGGGACAAGCUGAGCAAGCACUGGCUGAUGCUAAGGCAUGCAGAUCACUUAGACCAAACUGGGCCAAGGCUGCCUAUCGUGAGGGUGCUGCACUACGUCUCUUGGAGAGGUUUGAGGACGCUGCCAAUGCAUUUUAUGAAGGCGUGCAACUUGACCCAGAAAAUAGGGAGUUAGUUACUGCUUUUAGGGAGGCAAUUGAGGCAGGGAGGAAAUUUCAUGAGAGUAAUCAAGCAAAAUAAGCGGUAUUGCGGCAUUAAUGUACCACAAUUUUGUUCAUAGGGAGAGAAGCUGUGAAUUAUCCAAUACUUUGCCUAUGUAUAUCUGCGUUUUUUUUACCCUUGGUCCAGCUUCUCUCAGUAUUGCUAGCAAUUUUAAUGUCCCAAGGUGUGGUUUUUCAACAUUUUUCCAGAUUAUUAUAUUGAUCAUUUUUUAGUUCUUGAAUCUUGCACAACUGAAAGAAUGGGUUGGAGGUUGUCCAAAAAUUGCCUCAUUUAGGAAGUGUUAAUUAAUUGACCUUUAAUAGUGUUUAGAAUGAAAAGUUUGGAUCUUAUGUGGUCUAGAGUGAGUUGAGCUAAUAAGUAUGGGAACUACUAAAUACAUUCAGUUCAAGCUUAUUCAUUAAAAAAUUGAAUAGAGAGUGAGGGAUUAUUGUUAA